AUGAAAUCGGCUUUAAAGAUUUUGUUUAUGUGUACUAGUUUUUCGGUUGUUGCAUUGGUUGAUUAUCACUAUUUGGCUAAUAAGCCUCAUAUUAUUAUAGAAGAUUCCAAAUUUGUUUGGUAA